AUGCAGGACAGAGUGACGACCCCAUGACAGAUGUGCUGACUGCAAGCAGCAGAUAUAUUAAUUAAGGAGCUGCUGAUGAGAAGUGUUCCUUGUCACUACUCACUACUGAACCUUCUUAACUGAGGAUUCUAUCUAGUAUCAGGGAAAUCUGCCGGCUAGGCGUUGUCCCUGGUUGUCACUAGUGAAGGAUCUGUCUAGCUAUAAAUUUGAGGCCGAUCGAGCACUAAUCCACUCACUCAGACACGAACUAGCUAGUAAAGAAUUAAAGCAUGCAGCUCUCCACGAGAGUGUUGGCUUCCUUACUCGCGGUCGCCGGCCUCGCCGCGACGGCUGCCGGGCUAAGGUUCGAGGUGACGAACAACGCGACGACGACCCCCGGCGGGCAGCGCUUUGACCGGGAGUACGGCGUGGGCCUCGCGGAGCAGGUCCUGGCGGAGGCCUCCUGCUUCGUCUGGAAGAUCUUCAACCAGUCGUUGCCCGCGGACCGGAGGCCCGCCGUGGACGACCGCGUGAAGCUCGUCGUCAACUUCGUGAACUCCAACAUCCUGGCCUUCGAGCGCGACAGCGAGAGCAGCAUCACGCUGAACGCGGGGUACGUCAACAACAUCACCGGCGACGGCGGCGAGGUGAGGACGCUGGUGACGGGGCUGCUGUACCACGAGGUGACGCACGUGUGGCAGUGGGGGCAGCAGGACACGAGCUCGGCCCACUCGUGGGUCUACGAGGGGGUCGCCGACUUCGUCCGCCUCCGUGCAGGCUACGCGGCGCCGUACUGGGUGCAGCCGGGGCAGGGGAGCAGCUGGGACGAGAGCUAUUCCACCACGGCGUGGUUCCUCGACUACUGCGACGAGCUGAGGCCGGGGUUCGUGGCGGCGCUCAACGAGAGGCUCAAGGACGGGUACAGCGACGACGACUUCCUGCAGAUUAUGGGUAAGCCCGUGCAGGAGCUCUGGAGGGACUACAAGGCCAAGUAUGGAGGCUAGCUGGUCCCGGUUCAUGUAGUGGUGCUUCUUGGAUCGGUUGUGUUCUUGCCUUCUUGGCAUCAUCCCAUUGUGAAAUUUAUGUAACCCAGAUCAAAAGCAGUAGUAAUGUUUACCUUUCCAUACCUUUAUUUCCAAGGUUUAGAGCAAGUCUAGCGAAAAUGCCCAUUAAGUAUUGGAGACUCAAGAAAUAUGUAUCGGAGCCUUC